UCAUUCUUUUCUGUAUAAAAUAUGUGACCGUACAAUAGAUUCCAGACAGGGUUAAAAAGAGUGAUUCAUAAUAUUCAACAGUGAAUGUCAGUGAAUGCAUUCGUUUUGCGAGGCUUCACUUGCAUGUAACGAAAAUCGGCUUAAUAUCUCAGUAACAAUUUACAGUUUUUCAAGACUGAAAUACUUCCAUUUAAGGAAACCAAUCGUGCAGCCCAGUGGUUCUACUCGAUGGCCUAAAUAGACAACGAGUGUGAUCGUCACAGAAAGGCGUUGCUGUAUUGUGCCCUAGUUUAUUAAUCCUGAAGAUUGCUGCUGGUUAAACUUUACAGAAGAAGAGUGAAUUUUGCAAAUUUUAUUUUCAGUAUAACACAAUGCGGAGAGAAAUGUGAUUGAAUGCAUUUGAAAUUUCUCUGUCAUUUAUCACAUCUUAUAUAUUCAUUAUAUAUUAGUUGAUCGGAGUUUUUUGAUUAUACCAAAAGUGCAGUCUAAUAUCCGCAAGUAUAAAGUACCACAACAAAAGCAUAGCAAUUGGAAUUAGUUCACAAAUAUUUAGUGCCACAAUAAAAGAAUAUGCAUAAGUGGGUGAAUAUGUUCUGGGGCAGAAAAGUUGUAUAAAGGAAAAUGAAAAGUUAAACGGAAAAAGGGAAAGCGUAGAAUUUUAUUUUUGGAAAUCGUUAGUGUAUAUAGUGUGUGUUGCUCUGUGCCUGUCGCAUGUGUGCUGUAUCCAACUCUUAUUCACGACAGCGUGUAUUAAAAAUACCGCAGAGCUCAAAAGUAUGGUAUGUGAAUGCCAUACGACCGAAAGAGUGUGAAGCACGAGAAAGUCUCAUUACACUCCGCGUACAGCCGCACCAUUUGAAAAGGCGUUUAAAACCAGACAGAGGAUAAGUGACGAUCUGUAAAAUUGCGACCAAAAUUUAUGUAACAAAAUAGUCACGAAAAGCUGCCGCUGUUACCACGAUCAAAACAUUGUUAGUGGGAUUUAUAUUUUGUUAUGUCAAGCAUCAAACGCCUUUGAUGUGACGAAGAACAUUGGUAUUGGAUUCUAGCAAUUGAAUCAAUAUUUGAACUGGUGUUGUUAUCCAGGAAAUAAUAAUUAGCUUACAUAAUUUGGAAAACCGAAAGGAAAAGUUAGACUCAUACUCUGCAUCGAACGAUAGUAGCCAAAAAACGCUCCAAAAUGGUGAUAGGAGAUGCAACGAAAAACGAUGAGACUGUGUCUCCUCCUCAGCAAUUUGCACCACAAAAGGCCACAAUUGAAAACAUAAUGAGCGGAAUUGAAAACACCGGUACUGUGAAAAUGAACAAUCAUAGGAAAAAAUUGCGACAAAGAUUUGAUAUUAUCAAAAAACUUGGUCAAGGUACCUACGGCAAAGUGCAAUUAGGAAUUAACAAAGAAAGCGGUCAGGAGGUAGCAAUCAAAACAAUUAAAAAAAGCAAAAUCGAAACAGAAGCUGACUUGAUUAGGAUUCGACGAGAGGUGCAAAUUAUGAGCUCCGUUCAACAUCCUAAUAUAAUACAUAUUUAUGAAGUGUUUGAAAAUCGUGAAAAAAUGGUUCUAGUCAUGGAGUUUGCGGCUGGCGGCGAAUUGUACGACUACCUAUCCGAGCGCAAAGUACUUUCUGAAGAGGAGGCCCGACGUAUCUUCCGACAGGUUGCUACAGCCAUAUAUUAUUGUCAUAAACAUAAAAUCUGUCACCGUGAUCUUAAAUUAGAAAAUAUACUACUAGAUGAAAAUGGUAAUGCUAAGAUUGCCGAUUUCGGAUUGUCAAAUGUGUUUGAUGAACAAAGACUGCUGGCGACAUUUUGCGGUUCUCCACUUUAUGCAUCGCCUGAAAUUGUAAAAGGUACACCCUAUCUAGGUCCAGAAGUGGAUUGCUGGUCGCUGGGUGUUUUAUUAUAUACUCUAGUCUAUGGUGCAAUGCCAUUUGAUGGUGCCAAUUUCAAACGACUUGUAAAGCAAAUUAGUCAAGGUGAUUAUUUCGAACCCAAAAAACCGUCAAGGGCAUCUCCGCUUAUACGAGAAAUGCUUACGGUAUGCCCCCAACGAAGAGCCAAUAUAGAGCAAAUCUGUAACCAUUGGUGGGUAAACGAAGGAUAUGACGAAUGUUGUUUGGAUCUUGCCGAAGAAUUAGCUAACCAGACACCUGUGCGACUGGAUGUGUUAUUAUCCUUAGCACCGCCGUCUGUGACUGCGGAUCAAGUGGUUGUGGGAAGUGCUAAAGAAGAAAGCAAGACGAACGAACGAAUCCAACGUAGUCAUUCAGUUGGUUCUAUUAUCGAUAUGGCUGGAACAGAGGCAGAAAGACGCAUAUUAGACAUGGUGGCAGCUGGAGGUGAAGCAGCACUUAUGCCCUCACCAACGCGAACUAUAACACCAUCUGAAAUAAGCCCAGCUCAACCAAAACGUAAACUGGAACCAACUGUAUCGACUGAAAACGCACCUGGAACUGUAAAGAAAAAAGAGAAAGCAAAUGAUCGACUAAAAUUAGGUAAAUCUCAACCUGUGAUCCCGGAGGCGAUGGAUGUUGAAAGUUUGCCUCCAUCGCAUCCUAGUUCAGUUUCGGAUAUUGCGUCUACUAUGACUGCAACCGAAGCAGUUGAAGAGCCGUAUUCUAUAGAAAAUCCUCCAGUUGCUGCUAAGGAUGUUCUAGAAGAUUUACAAAGUUUAGAAAACAUGUGUGAUGAAUUACUUCAAGAAACAACUAUUCCUUCAACCAAGGAUAAAACAGCAGACGAGUCAGUUGCCACCAUUGAUGCACAAGCCCUCCCAGCUACCUCCACUCCAAAAAUCGAGUCACCAACUAAAACAGUAUCCAACGUAAAAGCUAGAUUAGAGAAACUUGAAAAGGCUGAUAAACCUACCGAAAAGGUUCCUUAUAAAAAGUUCUACAAUAAAAACAAAACUGUAGAUCUUACCGCUGCUGUAAAUCAAGUAUCAAAACAGGAUCAAGAAUUUUCCCAAAUAAAAUCAGCUUCAAACUUAGAGCGUAAAAACAGUCUUCCCGAAGAAAGUCUUACUAAGCCCGCAGAGCGACGAAGAUCUAGAAUUCUUGAAACCGCCGAACGGUUUCAAAAUAUGAACAAUCAAAACAAUGACAAAUUCAAAAAGUUUUCAUUGCCAGGUGUUCCUACUGUAGGGAAUUAUAAAAAAGAAUUUGAGCGUAAAGCUUCAAUGCAGAACUCUAUUUCAUCAGUUGCUCCUAACAGACUGUCGUCAUUUGAAAUGCAAAAAAAGCAGGAGCUGGAUUUUAGCUCGCCAACACACAGUCGUCAAAGUAGUAGCACUGAUUUACAAUCUUCACUAUCCGCAAAUGAUGAUACAUUUAUUACCAAAGCAGAUCAAUAUGAGGUUAAAGAGAGCGAUUCAAAGAGUUCUGUCAAUAGUUUCUCUCUGGAAGAAGCAAGGCGAUCCAUGGAAAACUCUAUCGCUCUACUGAAUAAGGUUCGUACAGAUGCUAGUUCUGUUAAUGAGCUUUGUUCGAAAACAGAAAAUGUAUCCGUUUCGGAUGAUACUGAACGGGAAAGAAAACUGAAGAAUGCUCGAGAAAUAAUCGGAAACGCAAUUCCAAUCGGUCGACUGCGUAAACCACCAAUGCCAUUCGGAGCAAACGGGCGCUCUGCCACCGGUGGAAUUGUUCUGAGCAAUUCUGCAUCAAAUAAACAGUUUCGAUAUGGCCCCGAAACGCCAGAACCUAAAUUGGACACUAUGUCAAUUCCUAGAAAAGUGUCUGCAGGAAAUUUACCUGCUCCUGCCACCGAUGAAACCAAAACCUCACAUGCUGAAAUUACACUAAAAUCAGCAACGCUACCCAGGAGAAAAAUUGGUAAACCCGAAACGCAUUCAGAAAUACAGGAUCUGCAACCUUCGGCAUCACAACUUCCAUCUAUGCGUUUCUCCACUGAAAUGCAACACCAGAUACCAGACCUGCGCAGUGCGCCUCUUCGCGAACAGCCCAUUGCGUUUACUAUCCAGCAACGUUCGAACAGUCUUGAACCACAAGUCAAAGAGCAGUCAAUCUCCAUUCAAAAACCACCUACCUAUCAACGAACGCCGAGUGCAUUUGGAUCAACACGUGGCUCUCUUUCCCGCCAGUCUACAAACGAGUCAAAUGACUCAGAUACCACAUUAUCACAAAGUCAAACACUCACAAGUGGAACGAGCAGUGGAGGUGUAAUGCCUAUCAAGAAAAGCCCCCGCGAGUUUAUAAUUCCUAUUGCUGUAGAAGGUGGUGGUUUCGUUACACCACGUGCCAACAGUUUGGAACCAUCAGAAUCGAGCUCAGCGAGUUCUGCUGGUUUCAACACCAAAUCUCGUCUUGGUCGUCCACGGAAAAUAAAUGCUAUACUAGGAGACAAAGAAGUUGAGGACGAUUCGUCAUUCCCGAGAAUAAAUAGACAUACAUCACUAAGCAGAGAAAGUGAUUCUGAGGAACCUCGAUUCCAUACAAUGCACAGGUUAAGAAGUUCGCGUCCAUCGCAACGAAGUACCGUCGAAGUGAAUGAUUCUGCUAGCUCUGGAGAGGAAGAUGAUGAUGACGGGUUUGAAAUUUUAACCGCAGAGAACCUAUUUUCUACGUUACUGUCAAGGGUGCGUGCAUUAACAAACCGUCUUAAUGUAAACGAGCCGAACUCGACUGGAUUUCCAUCAUCGCGUUUUAUCAGCAAUCUUCGUCAGUCUCAAGCUCCAUUUUGGCACCACCAUGAACCUUUUGCUAGUCGCUUGAAUGGAGGAAAUGCUACAUCAUGGCGUCGCAGUAUGUCUCGCGAUCUCAGCUCGGAUAUUGAUUCCAUGUUUUCGCGUUCGGGGGCCACUCUUCCUAGAGGAGUUGAAUGCAAUACCCAAAACAGUAACAUCAACAACUUCGGGCUUAAACAUAACAAAAAUGUCAAUAAUAGUCUCAACAACAAUAACCAACUAUCUGUUACAUCAACUAAUCGAAACGGAAGUAAUAUUAGAUGUGAUACGAAACAGACUAGUAUUGGAAAUGGUAGUAAUAGUAAUAUUAUAAAUAAUAAUUUUACAUCCUCUGCAAGCAGUAUAAUGAAUCCAACCAACGAAAAUAGCGAGGAGAUGUUAGAUUUAGCAGAUUUGGAUUUAUCUCAGCUGCGAUUAUCAAAAAAAGACUUACAAGCACUCUCUAGCAUUACGCCGGCUCUAUCCCAGAGAGUACAAGAGCAACUACUCGCACAGCUUCCCCCUCAGCAAGCGAAAAAACUAUCCAGAACACUGUCUAUGCAAAACGGUAAUAUUACCCCGAACACAAGUAUAUCGUAUAGACGUAGCGUUAGCAGUAGUGCAGGUCGCACAAAUGACUACGCGAUUGACCAAACGCAUGAAACGCUACAAAGUGUUACACCAACAAACGAUGCAUUUGAAGAUGUACUGUCCGUGCAGAACCGCGGUUCUGGUAAAGCUGAUAGAGUCUUACGAAAUUCUGUUAAUGGUAAGGACGCUUUCUCGUCUACUACACUGUUAGUUCCUAACUACAACGAAGACCUUGGAAUUCCAUCUCCCCGUUUCGCAUACGUAAACGUAAACCAUGACAGAUAUAACUCCUAUGAAAAAUAUACUCCAUACUCAUCGAAUUCCAUGAAUAACGAGAGAAGCAAGUCAGUGGACGUUGAUAGAAGAUUUAAUGGCUACGACUAUUCAACAUCCCGCACAUCUUGUCUGAACCCUGCUAAUGAAUACUGCCGGAGACCACCUAGUGGUUACGUUUCUCCACCUUCAGCAUCAUCGUUAUCUGGAUAUUCUAGCCAAAAAUCAACCAGACGUAUAUCUAGAUUUUUACGCCCAGAUUUUUUCAAUCCACAAAAAGAAUUCAGUGAGCAAAGCACAUUAAGGAAAGAAUUGGAGACACAGAAAAUUCUACGCGAAAUUCGUGAAAAGAGUCGCGAGAAAAGUGUUGAUCGAUGUUCCAACUGCGAUUAUGGUAAUGAUACCACCGAACGCUUAAGUAAUUUCAUAGAUGAAUACAAAAACUUAAGUGUAGACGACUCAGUUGUCAAACCUGACGAUAGAGAUCUAUCCACGCAUGCUUCAAAUACUCGGUCACGCCGAAGUAUGUCUACAACGAGAGAAGAUUUUGACAGAAGCAGUACGAUAUUAACCACAAAUAGUACAGCUUCAGUUACUACGGAUAGGAUAGAUGAACUACACAACAUACCAACUAAACAGGUAUUCAUAAAUGAAUCUAAUAUUGAAUCUAAACAAUCAAAAGAAUCAAAUGAAGAGACAACUUUCGAAACAAUACGUGGGGUUCCUGCGAUGCGAAGCAAUAAUGAAACAUGUUCGGAGUGUAACAUCAUCAACCAUCCAGUGGAUGAAAUAACUAAGAAUAAUAACCAAGAGGUAAAUCAAAUCACAGAUCAAAUUACUGCUGUGAAACAAGUGAAAGUAAGAAAAACUAAAAUCAAAUCCAAAUUGGAUGCAGAAGGGAAACCAGUAACAGUUACAGUAAAGAAAGUUAAAAAGGUAGUUAAGCCUACAGAUGCUGUAACUGUGCAAGAAUCGGAAAACGGAGAUAAAAAAGUAUGCGAUACAACAAUGCCAACCAAAAGUGAAUCCAAGCUAGCUAGACCAAAAUCGUAUCCAUCCAAGGAUCCCGAAACUUCUAUCUCAUCAAUUGAGUCGCCACGUUCUUGCGAAAAACCAACGGAAAAGAAGGAAGAGAUUCUAGACUCCAAAAAUGUCCAAAGUAAUACAAUAGCAGCAAGUAAAAUAGCCAGACCCAAGAGUUUUCCAAGUUCCAAAAUAACACCACCAAAAGAAAUCAAAUUUCUCAAAAAUACAACGAGUAAUUCUACACUGUCUGCAAUCUCAGAAAAAACAGAGACGGCUGUAAAUAACGCUGUUAAGGUUGUGGAAACCGCUCCAAUAAUAGCAGCUGAUAACUCGAUUACAACACCAGUAACAACAAAAAAAAUACGCAAAGUGAUACGCAUAGUGAAAAAACCUGUCGCGUCAAAAACUGGCAAUAUACCGAAAAUCGAUAGUUCAUCUGGGAAUGCAGAUGAAGCAAAAGAAACAACGGAAAAUCGUGUGGAAACAGUACUUCCGACAGUAAAAGAAAAAUCCAAAUCCCCUGAGAAAAAACUUAAGCAGGGUUUUCUAGCUACUAUUGGCCAGAAAUUUGAAAAGUUCAGAGAUUCCAGUAAAAUUAUGAAGGAUAAAAAAAGUAACUCUGAAAUAAAUGAAACCACUGCAGAUAAAAACCUACAAUUAGAUCACGAUUGCGAUUCGUCGGCAAAUAAAGAUGAGAGGAAAAGUUGUAAUGUUAGCGAAACACCGGAAGACGUUCCGAUAACCGGAAGUAACCGAAAAUCAAGAAUUGAUAAAAUGAUAAAAAAUCUUCGCGAUAUGUCUGUUCCAAGACCACCUGUAGUUACAGAAUCUAAUCUCAUUAAGCGAGCCGUUAGUGUUGAGGAAAUGCCCGGUACAUUCAACAAAUGUGGUGUUAGCAAGGUACUAGGAUUUUUCAAAAAAAUUGAAAAAGAAUCCAAAAGUAAUAAAGUUUUUAAUACCAAGUCAUCUAGCCAUAUCAAUACAAUAGACGCCAGUUUAACAGUUUUGGAACCGAUUGCCACCAAAACUACAACUCAAAUAAAACUUGGAGAAGAAGUUGUAAAGGAACGACCCAAAUCUGGAAGUUUCGUUAGCAAAAUUCAAAAACCGUACAUUGGAGCUAAAAGCGACACAGUAUUAACAAUGAGUGAGCAGCAAAGUAAGUCAAAUGUUAUACAGAGCGGUGGUAUAAAGAAUCAAAACCUUUCUGUAAAAAACAAUUGCCUGAAUUGUUACACAGGAGAUUCUAUUAAAGAUAUUCCCUCACGACAUUCCUUAGCAUCUGAAGCCAAACAUCUCUUGCAGGACGAGAAAGCGCGAGUAAAAUUUAAAUGUCAAACUUUAACGUUAAAUCUAAAUCAGCUCAACGAAAGUCUCCAUUCUAUCAGUACCAACAAUAACUACAGUUAUCCCCCUCCUCUACUUAGCGAAAUUUUGCGUAACAAUUUAAUCACCACAAGCGGAGGUAAUACAAUAAACAAUAAUACUUCAGACACGAACAUGCUUACGCCAUCUUACGACAGUAUCACCAAUUAUUCCUCUGGAUCCAGAAGCAGUCCCUUUGACGAUUGCAACUCAUCCAGUACGUUUAUGUCGCCAUCAGAAGAAAAUGAGCUUUGCUCUGAUAACUGGUCAAUCACUUCUGAUGAUCCCAACAAUGUGCUUACUGUUUCGACUUCUGUCUCACGAAUGCCCAGGCUAACCUAUAUGACCUCUGUUUCUCCGGUAGAUAACGAUUCUGAAAGUGUUAUAGAACGAAUCCGUAGGAAAAGUUUUUACCCACGAUUUAAUGACAAAAGGCUAAAAACAGUCAACGCUGUUGCAGGAGCUGGCACUAUAAAGGAACACUAUCGCGAGCAAUAUCUUUCCAACUCUGAGCAAACGUACAGACGAUCGAAGGAAUAUGGUAAGUCCUCAUCUGCUUCUACAGCAAAUGCUUUUGCUAGUGCAGAUCGAGCAAAAAACAAUUAUGAUUACUAUCGAUCACCAACCAGGACACCAAGUACACAUAAUAGAAGAUAUACAAAUUCAUCCGAUGGAUAUUCCAAGUCUUCGACAAGCAAAAGUGACUACUAUCAUCACCACCAUCAUCACUACCAUUACCAUCUUCCUAGGUCUAACUCGUCAAGAAAACUAAAUGUUUCCAAUAAUGAUUGUUCAGAUUACCUUAACUGUAACAAUACCAGUAAAACAUUUUUAAGAAAUACGUACCACGAGACCUCGUCAUCACCGUAUUAUGCUACAUACCAACCAAGACGGUGUUCCUUGUAUACCAGCAGUAACACAGCAGCUAAUAUAACUUCAUCCUCUUCAUCAAUAGCACUAGAUACUACCAAUACAAAUAAAGAAUGUAUGACAGGAACGGCACACGCAAACUCGUCUUCUACCACACUGUCCGGUUCGGAAGGUUACUCUACAUUGAAUAAAGGAUUACGUAAACAACGGGUGUACGACAAUCGAAGCAUUUCAGUGUUGAACUCUACCGCAAACAGAGAGUCACGAUUUGAUACUGCAGGGAGUUCCAGGAAUGGCCAAUCAGAAAAGUCAUCUAUACCUCGGAAUCCCACCAAUGUUUAAUCGUCUGUCUACGAAAGCUGCGAUAUUUACGACAUUUUUAGAAAAUAAUGCCAAAAAGGCCAAUAAAUAUUUACAAGUGUAGAAAAAUGUUUUAUUACUGCGUUAGAAAUAGCAUUUCAACGAUCGCUUCGUGGAAUCACUUUACGGUGCCAAAAAUGUAAGAAAAAUAAAGAAUAAAAUUGAUAAUUUUAUGAAAGCAAAAGAGAGAGAGAAAAAACAAGACAGAAAGAGGAAUUUUACAUUUGAUUAAGUUUAAAAAAAUAUUCGAACAAAUCAAGCGAAGGAAACAGAAUAUCAAAUUCUUUAAUUAAAACAAUACUUUUAAUUUAUAGGAUCAAUUUUUAAAAUAGAAUAAUAAAUAUAAAGAAUGUAUGAGUCUAUCACAUGAAAGACAUU